AUGUCGUCAAGACUCACCUCCAUGGCCCUGCGCGCGCGCCUCGCCCCCACAACAGUGCGCGCCGGUCCACGACUCCUCCCCCGUGCCACCCGCCCGUACUCCUCAACCGCCGACGACCUCCCGACACCGCCGCCGCUCCUGCAGAAGCUCAAGGGCGACCUCAAGACGGCAAUGCGCGCCAAGGACGCGAACCGGCUCUCCGUGCUGCGCGCCGUCAUGGCCGGCAACCUCAACGCGUCCAAGACGGCCUCGCCGAUCCGCACCGACGUGCAGCUGGUCGCGCUGAUGCGGCGCCUGGCCAAGGGCGCCGAGGAGGCGGCCGCCGAGGCCCGGGCCGCAGGCCGCGCGGACCUCGCGGACAAGGAGGACGCGCAGGGCGCGAUCCUGGCCGAGUACGUGCAGGGCAGCGGCGUGGCGGCGCCGGACGAGGCGGAGCUGCGCGCGGCGGUGGAGGCGGCGGUGGCGGAGGUGGGAGGCGAGGCAGGCAAGACGGCGAUGGGUGAGGUGAUGAAGAAGCUGGGGGUGGCGCUGGAGGGCAAGGACGUGGAUAAGAAGGCGCUGGCGGAGAUGGUGAAGAAGGCGAUGUCGUCGUGA